CUUUACGCUUGAGCACAAAGUGGUUGUUAAAGAUGAAAUUUAAAAUAAAGGUUCCUAGGAUUUUAAAAUCAGUGAAGUAUUCUUUAGGAGCUGUAAACUGCUCAUAUUUGAUAACUGGUAUUAUUUUACUUCUGUGUGGAAUAAUAGUGCUAGUGUCGUAUAAGGAAUACGAUUUAUUCAUCACUCAAAAAUUCUACGAUGUGCCGGCAUUCGCAAUAGCAAUUGGAACCAUUAUUAUAGUGUCUUCGGCUCUCGGCUUUUAUGCAGCUAUGUCACAAGAUUUCUAUUUUGUGAUUGGGUACGUAGCGGUGUCGGCGAUAGUACUGAUUUUGGAGAUGACCCUGGUGAUAAUCGGCUAUGGGCUUUGGAAUAACGUAUCCUCCGAAAUAAGACAAACUAUGACCAAUAGCCGGCAGUUUUACGGUGAAAGAAUAGAGCACACAGCUGCGUGGGACAACUUACAAAUGGGGUUCGAAUGCUGCGGCGUGAGCGGCAGACAUGAUUGGCGGAACGGAGUCCCCGUGAGCUGCUGCCACAUAGAUUAUGGGGUGGUGUCGCCAUUCGAGUGUACUCAGACUAAUGCGUACACUACCGGUUGCCUCAGUGCACUGAGUGAGUGGCUCAGCUACAAAGCUUACGCUAUGGCUGUCACCUCUUUGGUUGUCAUUUGUUUUCAGAUAGUGAAUACCGCAGUCGCCUGCUGGUUGGCCUACCGGACGAAAUAUGAGGAUGUGGAUUUGGAGUCUUAGUUCUAGUACUUAAUUGUAUGUGUAAAUUUUAAUAGAAUAAUAA